CAGUCACGUAGGGUUUCCACGAGUAGAACAAAUGUUUCGUAUAAAAGCACCUCCGCUUCAUGUAUGGCUUCCUUUCACGAGCUCUCAAACUCCAACAGCAGAAGCUUAAAACCCCAACAAGAAUAAUUAGUCAGCCACUCACUCUUACGGUUUUUGUUUUCCUUCUCUGUUACAUAUAUAUAACUUAUAAGCAAGAAGAGGAGCAGAAGAAAAAAGAUAUGCAUGAAACUGGAGGAGGAGGAAGUGGAACAAUGUCGGUAGAUCUCAAUGAUUACGCUAUUAUCAAGGAGGGAGAGGCUGAGAUUCUCAUGCGCAAGAAUGAAGUCUUUUACAAUCCGACCCAGGUUGACAACAGAGACAUGUCCAUUGCUGUCCUGAGGACAUUUAUAUCCAAACGCAAACAUGAGCAUGAAGCACUUUUGUUGAAAAGAACAAAAGGAGCUCAAAAGGCUCCUGGGAAGGAUUCCUCUGAACCUGAUGGAAAAGAAGCAGCUGAGGAAUCUGUCAGGAAUGAUGAAAAUACCAAUGGAGAAUGUGAAAUGCCUGAGGAAGUAUCUCAGGAUGAACCAUGUAGCAUUUCAAAAGAAUUAGUCAAGACUCCUGAGGGAAAAGGACGUGGGGAAUUGAGGCCACCAAGAGUUCUUGAGGCCUUGGCAGCUUCUGGUUUGAGAUCUCUUAGAUAUGCACGUGAAAUAGAAGGAAUAGGUCAAGUUGUGGCACUAGAUAAUGAUAAAGUGUCUGUUGAAGCUUGCAAGAGAAAUAUUAAGUUCAAUGGUUCAGUAGCAUGUUCAAAGGUGGAAUCACAUCUCACUGAUGCUCGUGUAUAUAUGCUCACGCAUCCAAAAGAAUUUGAUGUGGUUGAUCUUGAUCCUUAUGGUGCACCUUCUGUGUUCUUGGACUCUGCAGUUCAAUCAGUUGCUGAUGGGGGCAUGCUGAUGUGUACAGCAACUGAUAUGGCAGUACUCUGUGGGAGUAGCGGGGAGGUUUGCUAUUCCAAAUAUGGUUCCUAUCCACUGAGAGGGAAAUAUUGCCAUGAAAUGGCUUUGAGGAUCCUCCUUGCCUGUAUUGAGAGCCAUGCAAAUCGGUACAAGCGGUACAUUGUUCCGGUUCUAUCUGUUAAGAUGAACUUUUAUGUUCGGGUUUUUGUUCGCAUAUACACUUCUGCAAGUGCAAUGAAAAACACUCCCCUUAAGCUGUCCUAUGUUUAUCAGUGCAUUGGUUGUGAUUCUUUCCAUCUUCAACAUAUUGGGAGGACAGUCUCCAAGAACAACAGUGUAAGAUAUCUGCCUGGGUUUGGUCCUGCUGUUCCUCAAGAUUGCAGCGACUGUGGGAAGAAGUUUAACAUGGGUGGGCCUAUAUGGUCUGCUCCUAUACAUGAUCAAGAAUGGGUAACUUCCAUACUUGCAGAUGUGAAAUCUAUGAAGGACAAGUAUCCUGCGUAUGAUCGUAUCUCUGCUGUAUUGACAACAAUAUCGGAGGAACUGCCUGAUGUUCCCCUAUUUUUGAGCCUGCACAACCUCUGUGCCACUCUUAAAUGCACUUCCCCAUCAGCAGUAAUCUUCCGUUCAGCUGUGAUCAAUGCUGGAUACCGUAUAUCCGGUACCCAUGUAAAUCCAUUGGGGCUGAAAUCAGAUGCUCCCAUGGAUGUCAUUUGGGAUAUAAUGCGCUGCUGGGUCAAAAGUCAUCCGGUGAAAACUCAACCAGCAGAUCUACCAGGAAGUGUGAUACUUGCCAAGGAACCAGUUCUGCAAGCUAAUUUUGCUCGAGCUGUUGCAUCUCUUAGCAAAGCACAAGCCAAGAAGGUAACGCGCUUCCUUCCAAAUCCUGAAAGGCAUUGGGGCCCGAAGCUGAGGGCAGGUCGCCAAAUCACCAGCAAGCACAUCUCCCUUCUGGGUCCACUGGCAUUAAAUGGAACUAUUAACCAUGAAAAUGGUGAAGAGCCUACUGCCAAGCGUCAAAAGACUGAGGAUGAGGAUGAGGAGCCCACCUCAAAUUCAUGAAUCCGACUUCAUUUUGGGGGAGAGUGUCCAUGAUUCAAGCCCUGCCCUACUUCUCUGUCGGCUCUCCCAUUGCUAUUAUAUUAUUAUUCCUUUCAAAAUAUUGUUUGCUUUCUCCUUUUAAAAUGUGGGCGCGCGUGUUUAGGAGGAUUGUAAAGGGAGAGAGAGUGAGAGAGAGAGAGAGAUCAGGUUCUUAAGAAAAUGGGAAUUGAGAAAGUGUGGUGAUAUUAGAAGUGAAUUUGUGGGAAAUUUUGAGUUUUGGAAAUGCUUAAUGUAAAACUUUAUUAUUUAUUUCAAGUUCCUGAGUUGUUCACCUGC